AUGCCACCAUCAUAUUCUAAUGCUCUCACCGAUGAUGAUCGUGAGGACACCUAUUCAUAUGAACAGAAUGAUAACAGAGAAUUAAUAAUGCUCAUAGAAAAUGAAGACCUCCAGUGGAGAGAUGCACCUUUGCAAAUAAUGCAAAUAUAUUUUGAUGUAGGAUCAUAUGCUGCAAUCACUUAUAAAUACUAUAUGAAUUAUGAGCCGGACUUUUCUAGAGACUAUCUCACCACGACAAAUACAUAUGACUUUUCUAGAAUCAGCGGUCCUAACAUAAAUAAAUUAGCCCUAUCCAUUGGUUUCCAUCGCUUUUAUCGAACACUUCCAUACUCUGCAACAAAUCAAAAACCAUUCUCUUCGGGGUCUUCCACUUUAGUUUCUGCUCUUCGUUGUAACAUCUCUUUGUUCUUGGAUAUCUGUAAUAUUUCAUUGUGUGAUUUAUUCAGAGUUGAUAUAUUACAAGGAAUCUUAGAUAUUCUACGACGUGGGGAAAGAGAAGCUUCACAUAUAGGAAAACAACAAAUACUUCCACUCAGCCUCACAGGAGGCCCAAGAGAUAUGCGUAGACGGUAUAUGGAUGCUAUUGUAUUAGUGCAACAUUUUGGAAAACCUGAUAUAUUUUUUACUAUGACAUGUAAUCCUUCUUGGCCUGAAAUAAAAGCAAACCUUUUGUCGACAGAUGAACUACAAAAUAGACCUGAUUUGGUUAGUCGAGUGUUUAGAGCAAAUUUAGAAGAAUUAAAGAAGGACAUACUAAAAAGACAUAUAUUUGGUAAAGUUGCAGCAUAUAUGUAUAUGGUGGAAUUUGAAACCACAUGCUCAUUUUCUUAUUAUACUUGAUGAGAAAUACAAAUUACUAACUCCUGAAGCAUAUGAUCAAUUUGUAUGUGCUGAAUUGCUUGAUGAAAGAACAAACCACUAUCUAUAUUCACUUGUUAUGGAACACGUGAUGCAUGGUCCUUGUGGUAAUUUGAAUACAACAAAUUCCUGUAUGAAAAAAAAAGGGUUAUUGUAAAAAUAAAUAUCCAAAAGUGUUUGCAAAACAAACAACUAAAGGAAAGAAUUCAUACCCAAUUUAUAGAAGACAAAACACAGGAAGGAGUGUGAAAAUUAGAGGACACUUUCUUGAUAAUUCAUGGGUUGUUCCUUAUAAUCCAUAUUUACUUUGUAAGUUCAAUUGUCUUGAAUGUAGAGAUUUGUUCUGAUAUUAAAGUCGUUAAGUACAUUUGCAAAGGACAUGAUAAAAUUGCAUUUCAUAUACAUGCUAAUGACACAGACAUGAGAUAGAUGAAAUAAAAGAAUACCAAUCUGCCAAGUGGGUGUCACCACCUGAGGCUGCAUGGAGAAUAUUCGCUUUCCCUAUCAGUGAAAUGACUCCAAGUGUAUACCAUCUUCAACUACAUCUGGAAGGACAACAAUUUGUUUCCUUCAAAAGUAUAGACAAUAUUAGUAAAAUUGUAAAUAAUCCCAUGAUUAAAAAAAUAAUGUUCACUGAGUUUUUUUUAAUGAAUAGAGUAAACAAAGAUGC